GCUCAAGUUCGGCGUUGAGGCUCGUGCCCAGCUCCUCAAGGGUGUCGACACCCUUGCCAAGGCUGUCACCUCCACCCUUGGUCCUAAAGGUCGCAAUGUCCUGAUUGAGUCUCCCUAUGGCUCUCCCAAGAUUACCAAGGGUAAGCAUCGCUCUACAUUUUCACUCUCGAUCAACAGAGAUCAUCCUCGUACUGACGUGUGUAGACGGUGUGAGUGUCGCCAAGGCCAUCACCCUCCAGGACAAGUUCGAGAACCUCGGUGCCCGCCUCCUCCAGGAUGUUGCCUCCAAGACCAACGAGCUUGCUGGUGACGGUACCACCACCGCCACCGUUCUCGCCCGUGCUAUCUUCUCCGAGACUGUUAAGAACGUUGCCGCUGGCUGCAACCCCAUGGAUCUCCGCCGCGGUAUUCAGGCUGCUGUCGAGGCCGUCGUCGACUACCUCCAGCAGAACAAGCGUGACAUCACCACUGGUGAGGAGAUUGCCCAGGUCGCUACCAUCUCCGCCAACGGUGACACCCACGUCGGUAAGCUCAUCUCCACCGCUAUGGAGCGUGUUGGCAAGGAGGGUGUCAUCACCGUUAAGGAGGGCAAGACCCUCGAGGAUGAGCUUGAGAUCACCGAGGGUAUGCGCUUCGACCGCGGUUUCACCUCCCCCUACUUCAUCACCGACACCAAGGCCCAGAAGGUCGAGUUCGAGAAGCCCUUGAUCCUGCUCUCCGAGAAGAAGAUUUCCGCUGUCCAGGACAUCAUCCCUGCCCUUGAGGCCUCCACCACUCUCCGCCGUCCCCUCGUCAUCAUCGCUGAGGACAUUGAGGGCGAGGCUCUCGCCGUCUGCAUCCUGAACAAGCUCCGUGGUCAGCUCCAGGUUGCUGCCGUCAAGGCCCCCGGCUUCGGUGACAACCGCAAGAGCAUUCUUGGUGACUUGGCCGUCCUCACCAACGGUACCGUCUUCACCGAUGAGCUCGACAUCAAGCUCGAGAAGCUCACCCCCGACAUGCUCGGUUCCACUGGCUCCAUCACCAUCACCAAGGAGGACACCAUCAUCCUCAACGGUGAGGGUAGCAAGGACAGCAUCGCUCAGCGCUGCGAGCAGAUCCGUGGCGUCAUGGCUGACCCCGGUACCUCCGAGUACGAGAAGGAGAAGCUUCAGGAGCGUCUUGCCAAGCUCUCCGGUGGUGUUGCCGUCAUCAAGGUCGGUGGUGCCUCCGAGGUUGAGGUUGGUGAGAAGAAGGACCGUGUCGUCGAUGCCCUGAAUGCCACCCGGGCCGCCGUUGAGCAGGGUAUCCUCCCCGGUGGUGGUACUGCUCUCCUCAAGGCCUCCGCCAACGGCCUUGGCAACGUCAAGACCGCCAACUUCGACCAGCAGCUCGGUGUCAGCAUCAUCAAGAACGCCAUCACCCGCCCUGCUCGCACCAUCGUCGAGAAUGCCGGUCUCGAGGGCAGCGUCAUCGUUGGCAAGCUCACCGAUGAGUUCGCCGGCGACUUCAACCGUGGUUUCGAUAGCUCCAAGGGCGAGUACGUCGACAUGAUCGCCACCGGUAUCGUUGACCCCCUCAAGGUCGUCCGUACCUCCCUGGUUGACGCCAGCGGUGUCGCCUCCCUUCUGGGUACCACCGAGGUCGCCAUUGUUGAGGCCCCUGAGGAGAAGGGCCCUGCUGCCCCUGGUGGUGGCAUGGGUGGCAUGGGCGGCAUGGGCGGCAUGGGCGGUGGCAUGUUCUAAGCUGCUUCUGCCGCUUCUGCUACUCCAUUCUCGUCUCCUAUUUACCCCUAAACCUUACCUCCUUGUUUCUGAAAGGUUUCUCCUUCAAGCGUGUUGUUGCAUAGUCCGGGUUAUAUCCUGAUAUAUGGUUUCUGUUUCUUUUCCGUUUUUUUUAAUGUGUCGCAUGUCUUCUCUAAAUCCUCCUUCCUAUCUUACAUCCGACCCUAUCCUCCUUUUCCACCUCUUCUCCACUGGAUCGGAUUCCAAACUCAUACCAUCUCCACUCCGCUAUUCUGGACACAAAAG